AUGUACCUAGACUACCGGUUUGGCCCUGGUUACUACGGCCUCCCUAGCGGCGGCAACCCGCAGCGACCCCCCUUUGUGUACAUGGUGCUGUGGGCCUAUGGGGGGGUUUCCGCGUACACCCUGCCUUUCCCCGUCGGUCGUUGGGAGGAGGGGCCCACGGUUCCCGUUCUGGGGGGUGGCCUUUGUUUGGCUGCUGUGCCCCCAGACGAGAGUGCCAAUUCACAUGCUUUGAACCAUCAAAUAAUUCCAGUAUUCAAAUAUAUCAAAAGACCUAUUUAUUCCACUCUCUCCCAAGAUUACUCAUGGCUGAUUGUGACCAUGGCUCUGUUCGGGAAGAUGACGAUCACGGUGGCUUUCCAAAUCGCGAUUCUCUAUUCUUCCGAACUCUUCCCGACGGAGGUGCGGAGUCGAGGCAUCGGGACGUGUUUCAUGCUGUCUCGAAUCGGCUCCAUCUGUUCGCCGUUCAUCACGGAUUUUCUGGGCUCCCUCAUCUCGUGGGCUCCGUCCGUAGUCUUCGGGGCCGCGUCGUUGGUCAUCGGGCUAGCGACAGUGGCACUUCCGGAGACCCUCGGGAUGGCACUGCCUGACACCAUCGCCGACCUCGAGGAAAGAGACAGCGGCGAUUCUAGAAGAAGUUUUCUUCCAUCGUUCCUCAAGAAAUCAAAGACCGGAACGCAAUUAGCUGCAGACAGACGGGGGCCAAAUCAUGCAUGCAACACGAUAUCCUCACCUGAUAUCCAUACGUGCCAGAGUUGA